AUGGGUACGCAUCUUUCCCGCAGCGUCUGCAAUACACUCUUGUUAGGCUUCAACGCUUGGGGUUACAGCAAGAUGAAGCUUUAUCGAGUCUACGUGCUCUUCUUUGUUAUCCUAGCUGCUUAUGCACAAUCGGAUGCACCUGCGAAGAAUCCAUACACUUGCUCUCCAACAUCACCCUGCAAGAUUGGAUGCUGCGGCAAGAACAAUGUCUGCGGCCUUGGGCCCGAUUACUGUUCAACUGCAAACUGUACUUCCACCUGCGACCAGAAGUCAGAAUGCGAUCCUGGCUGGGGUGCGACAUGGAGCACUAGAGAAAAAUGCCCACUCAACGUGUGCUGUAGCAAAUUCGGCUUCUGCGGGACCACAGCAGAAUUCUGUGGCGACAAGAAAGUCAAGCAACCUUCGUGUAAGGGAGGUAAAAGCGCUUCGCAGAAGAUCAUUGGCUACUAUGCAGGAUGGUCCACAACACGAGCUUGCGGAGGCUUAUUCCCAGAGUCUCUCAUGUACAAUGCGUACACACAUUUGAAUUUUGCCUUUGCCUUUAUCGAUCCGAAGAGCUUUCAAGUUGCUCCAAUGUCCGAGGCGGACACGGAAAUGUACCCACGCUUCACAGGCCUGAAGGAGGCAAAUCCAGGAUUGAAAACAUGGAUCUCCAUCGGCGGCUGGUCUAUGAACGAUCCAGAACAACCAACUGCAAGGACUUUCUCCGAGCUUGCUGCAUCAAAAGACGCACAGAGCAAAUUCUUUUCCUCUUUGUUGAACUUCAUGUCAACUUAUGGAUUCGAUGGUGUCGACAUUGACUGGGAAUACCCAGUAGCACCAGAACGUUCUGGAAAACCUGAAGACUAUGCAAACUAUGUGUCUUUCCUCAAGAACCUCAAGAACGCUUUGGGUUCAGACGGACACACGUAUGGACUUACCUUGACAUUGCCUUCCUCUUAUUGGUAUUUACAGCACUUCGAUAUCAAAUCGAUGGCCCAGUACCUGGACUGGUUUAACAUCAUGAGCUACGAUCUUCACGGCACUUGGGAUUCAAGUUCUCCGUGGCUUGGUCCCUACGUCAAUGCACACACAAACCUAACUGAGAUAGACCUUGCACUAGAUCUUCUUUGGAGGAACGAAAUCGAUCCUAAAAAGGUAGUUCUGGGAAUUGGAUUUUAUGGCAGAAGCUUCACACUCAGUGAUCCAUCUUGUAAAAGUGCAGGGUGCCCCUUCAGUAGCGGUGGUACCCCCGGCAAAUGUACUGCGUCUGCUGGAACUCUUUCCUAUGCUGAAAUCCAGGAAAUUGUUCAGGCAGGUGCCAAAGUCACCACUGACGAUAAGGCUGGUGUAGAAAUCGUUACGUGGGAUAACAACCAAUGGGUUUCUUACGAUUCACCAAAGACUCUUAAGAAGAAGAUGGACUACGCCAAUGAAAAGUGUCUAAACGGUAUCAUGAUGUGGGCAGCAUCCACAGACGACGCUAAUGGCACGGCCAUACGAUCUCUCACUGACGCUGCGGGUCGAAAGGAGCUAUCGCUAGCUCAACGCAUGAACACCAAGUCUUCUGGAGGACAGUGUGUCUGGAGUGGAUGCGGCGAAUCAUGUCCACCAGAACUCACACCGGCUGCAUCCGGCAACGGAAAGUCAGGAGGCUACGCUGGUCUCGAAACCAAUUGCAAAGAUGGGAAACAGAAACGCUUUUGCUGUCCCAAAGCUUCUGUACCAACGUGCACUUGGCGUGGAAGUGGUCCAUUCUGUAUAAAAAGUGGAUGUAACAAAGGUGAAGUUGAAGUAGCGACUAACGCGGACGGCUGCAUAACGAACGCGAAGAAUCUAUGUUGUACAUCUAAUACAGACACUUCGGCUUACAACGACUGCAAAUGGGAAGGAUCUGCGCCAUUCUGUACAGGAUUGGGCUUCUUAGGAACUAUCACAAAUGCACCAUGGUUUUACGGAACAUCGGCAGACUGUCCUAAGGAGCACCCAAAGAAGAUCGCAACCGGCAAGUACGGCGAUGGUGGCGAACAGCCAUGCACGUUGGAAGGAGGCUUCAAGAGUUGGUGUUGCAAGGAUCCGCCUCCAUGGACCGGCUGCGAAUGGCAUGGAGCGAGAGGCACAUGGAAAGAAUGGGCAAACGCAUUCCUCCCUCUCCUUGGACACGGUCCGUUCUUGACCGACUGCUCAGCUACUUGUCCAUCCGGAAAAAUUGUCACUGCAACUGACGCUACAGCUUGCCGAUCGGGUACAUACUCACUCCUGUGCUGCGAUGAUCCAAACGUACAGGACAUCCCGGUGCCCAGUAAGGUUGAUAUUUGUUGUACGCCUUAUGGGGGCAACCAAGCCUCAACUCCGGAUGGCGAAGGUCCUGGCACAUUUUGCGAAAGUAACUAUUUCGAUUUACAUUGUAACACAUGUGACGCUGGACUUCUGAAGGAGCGUACGCUGGAUGGAAUCCUCACGACAGAUGUUACAAUAUCGAACACCACGUUUCUUGGGCUCGAACAACGAAGUGUACUGGACAAGAGAGCAAAACCCGUUCCCGCGAGUGAAUGGCUUCGCGCCAACCUGAACGGACUCAGAACUACCUUCACUCGCUACAACUAUCCAACUGUCAGAAGUCUCAACUCGAACGGGGGUGCUGGGCGUCAAUUUGUUUAUCUCGAACGCCAAUGUGCAUGUGGAAGAUCAAAUCUUAUAACUACACCCACUCGCGGCUUGACCUUGAACUUCGAUGCAGAACACGUCUUUCCGCCAAGCACCCUUCGAAACGCCAUCGAGGCCAUGGCAAGAGGAAGAGGCGCAAGCGGCACAGAACUUGCAGCGCGUGCUGUACCAAGCGCACAUCUUGGUAUCUUCACUGCCGAUGGUCCUUUCCAACAACCUUGGCCUUCAGGGUUUCGGCCUGCGUUUGGAGCAACACCUCAAGAUACCAUGUUUGGAAUGCUUGGGCGAUCCAAUCCUGAUGGAGAUACUACAAAUCUCUAUAUUCUAGAGCGAAACAUGAACGCACAUGGAAUAGCUACACCGAACUUGCGCGGCUGGGUCGAUUGCGGGAUGCCAUUGGAGUGUUCGAUUAUUACAGACACACUGAAAUUCGACAAUCGCAUGCUACUGCGUUUGUGGGAUUGCGCAAUACUUGGAAUGACUUCGGCAGAGUGGUUCAGAAUCGAUUGACUUAUCCAUUCGCUGAUGCAUUCACUGAAAUCAUACGAGAUGAUUUGACCACUCAGGCCACCAAUGCACGAGAUCAGAUUCGCCCCGCUAUCGACACCUUACUAACAUACUUCCGUUCUAACACAGCCAUCUCACUACAUGGCGCUGUACAAGCAACGAUGUGUGUACGUGCUCUUGAGGAUAUGAAAACUCAUUUGGAUGAGUAUAUCUCAGUGGACACGAACUCAUUAAUGGAAGUGGACUAGGAGGUAAAGUCAAUGAUGGGAAGUGUAGUGGUCGUUCUAGGUUUGCAAGGGGCACAAUAAUACUAAGAAUCAACGAGCGG